ACCGCACGUCAAGUGAAAAGGAGUGCAAAAUGCUGGGAAAUCUCCUUUAUCGCUCUUUUAUUGCACGGGAGAGCCACAAAAUUGUGCAAAUACCCAUUCGGCAUGGACACACAAUUCGCGGCAAGCGGCCAGGAGUGGCGAGGAGUCUUCAACAACGCCUGGAUGAAAUGAAUUAUGUCGAUCCGGAGCUGGCCAGGAAGAUAAACAUCGGUCUGCCACAGUUGAAAGCAUCCCGAUCCGAUCAACUCUCCGAGCGCUUGCAGCACAGGAAGAUGAUGAAGAACAACCCAGAGAUUGAGAAACUCGCUCGACACAAUGAACUGGAAGUUGAUCUUGAGAAUGUGAGCCAGGAGUGGAUGAAGACAUCCGGUCCCUUUGAUGUUCGUGGCAUUGCUGACUACUAUGAGAUCUUUGAUCAUCUGUUUGGGGAUGCGUACUUCAUUCCUCGCGUGCAUCUUCGAGUGUUGUACCCAACAAGCACAGACGAUUGCAAUCCAGUGUAUUACGGCAACAUCCUGAGUCCGGAGGAUGCUGUGGAGCAGCCCAUCGUUGAGUUUGAUCAUCAAUUCAGACUGCCAAAGGAGAAGGACAAGGAGAAUCUCUGGACGCUGAUUAUGACAACACCAGAUGGACAUUUGAGUGAUUCGAGCAGUGAAUAUGUUCACUGGCUCGUCACCAAUAUUCCCAAUGGAGAUGUGGCGAAAGGGGACUUGAUUGUGCCAUAUCUGCAGCCUUUUCCAGUCAAGGGUCUUGGGUAUCAGCGAUACGUUUUUGUCCUGUACAAGCAGAACAACAAACUGGACCUCAAAGACUACAAGAGACCUCAGGAGACGAAAAAUCCUGACGAAAGAACCUUCAAGACCCUGGAUUUCUACCGAAAACUCCAGGACACAAUAACACCAGCUGGAUUGGCAUUCUUCCAGGCAGAAUACGAUGAUUCUGUGAGGGAAGUUUUUCACAAGAAGUUCGAUUCAUCUCUGCCAGUGUUUGAAUAUGUCCAGCAAGCUCCCUAUUUGGGGCCUCAGAAGUGGUUCCCGCUCAAAAGGGCCUUCAACACGUACAUGGAUUUGUACAGAGAUCCGAUGCAGAUCAACAAGGAGUUCCUGGAGCGAAAACUGUCCAAGACUCACCCAUUUGACGGUCCUAAACCACCUCUUCGCUUCCCUAUGGCGCACUCCAUCAAGAACAAACCGUCGUGGCUCAGAGUGGAGAUUAGGAAGCACUUGAAGGGCAUGGGACGCAGUGGCACGCCAGAUUGGUAGAAGGCAUGAGAGAAAAAGUGGACGGAGUACAUUACGUGCAAAAGUGCUCACCGAGAUGAUGAGGACGUGAAAGAUUUAAUGACUUAUCAGAUCACCCAACAUCUUCUGGCCCAAUUCCAUCAAUUAAGCACCAAUUAGCGGCGAUAUAGUGAAAGAUGAACAUUACUUCUAGACACGAAAAUUUAUGUUUGCUCAAAAAAAAACCACUGCUUGUGUGCAUUUUUAUCGGGAAUUCUCCACGCCCGCGUCUCACAAUCAUACUCAAAAUUCUCAUCAAUAUUGGCCGCUACGCUAACAAGUCUUUAACCAUUUUUUUUCCUCCUCUGCGCUCUUGUACGGCGCGAUCGGAGAGGCAAAAAAAAAGACUCGGCUUCGCUCAAUGAAAUCCACGACUGGGAGACAGACAUGGCCAUAUGAAGAAAAAUCACCCAACAGGGUCUCUCCUCCCACACGCGCUCUGCCAUAUUCACUCAAUUGAAUGCGUGCGCAAACACCCAUUUGCAAUUUGUAUGCAUCCCAAGAUAUAGAUUCAUCCGAAUCAAUUCAAUUUAAUUUGCACUUUGAUGCUGUUUUGUUACAUAAAUCAAAUUAAGUGUGGGAUUAAUUAGUGUGCCUGCCUUCUUGCAAUUUCCCACCUCUCUUCUUUUGCCCAUUCAUGGAAAAAUCAUGCCCGAGGGAGUCUGAGAUGUGCGUCAAAAGUGAAAAUCAAGUGAGGCCUCAAGCAGAACAUAUUAGAAUCUUGAUCACAUUUCUGAUGCAGACGAAAGGAAAUCUUCACGACCGACCCUGUGUGGAUUGAAAAAAUGCAACAGAAGCCACUUAAAGUGGACAAAAUGUGCCGAGUGAUAAACAGCCUUGCACCUUAAAUAGGCAUAAAUUUACAAUGGAGUGCAAAGAAAGUUGAAGCAUCUCAGGUUUUGGAGCUGCUGGAGAGAAGAGAGAAAAAAUUCGUGUCCCAAGCCAACAUUCAGUGACAGUUUUGGCAAUUUUUGACCGUAAAUGCUUAAUCACGACAACCCGAUGCGAUGCAUCAGCAGCUGGAACCCCCGCGAGAGUCGCCACACUGUCUGUAGUCGCACCUAAAUAAGCCAACAACACACAGCGCGCGUGUAUCAAUUUAAAUUGAGCGAACGGAUACCGUGUUUCCACAUGCAGAAGAGAGUCUUUUUUGGUCUUGAAAAAGUUGACUGACAUGGGAGAUGCUGUUUUACCAUUCAUCUCGGCUGUGCCACACAAUUUUCAAUAAUAAAUAAAUAAUGUGUGUGCAUUUAUGGUAAUCGUGUGAAAUGCACACUCUGCGCGCAGUCUCUUUUUCAGUGAGACACGCUGAGACAACGAAAAAAUCCACACUCACACACACUUUAAUCAACGAGAGAGACAAUUCCACAUUUAAUAUGGACAUUUUCACUCACUGCGUGUCUAUUUACAGCCAAACACACAGUGGAAAUCACGAAAGUCUCGUCACUUUAUUGGGUCACACACAGCUCCAACGACCAUUCUAAUGCCCCAGCGAAUUGAUCCACACACAGCAGUGAAAGACGCGCAUUUUAAUCCAAAUGCUGUGCCACAGAGAUGAUGGAAAGCCAGUAAAAAAUGAAGACACGUUAGACGAGUGAAAGAAGAAUAAAUUUGAAGAAAUGUAAAGAACUGUACGGCGAUACAGUCGAGACAAUAAUUGUAUAUUCACACUCGAGAGCGUUGGCCAAAAAGGAUCAUGCAAAAUAUGUGAGGAUUUUCUUUCUGCCAGGAAAUGAAUUUAUGGUAUAGUUGGCAGCAACAGAAUAUUCAUGAGUCUAUCUAUGACACUGCAUAGCUACUUUGUUUCCGAAGUCAGCGAUCGAAACUGAUCCGUCUGCUCUAAUUUUUCUAGCAUUGCAUGAAAAUCAUGAUGAGUUUACAGUGGUCAGGAAAAUGUGUACUUCUCCACUGAAGCAUGUUUAGCGAGAUUUCCUCUCACAAAUAAUUAAAUGAUCGAUAAAAAUGUGUAAAUAUCUGCAUAACCUAAUAGUGCAAUCUCCCAAUAAAAUAUCGCCUGUCUGCAGAAUGGUGUUCGAAGUGUGUUCAAAGGGAAUUGCCGCCAGGCAUUUCACCCAGUUUGCUAAAACGCAUCGACAAAACCAAUGUUUGUGCGGCGGUGCAACAGAUAAAAUGUGGGCAAAUCAGUUUUGUGUUGUUCAAUACAAAUUUUUACCAAUUAAUGCAAACACGCGCGGGUUUAUAAAUAUUGCCACGAGUGUUGCUGAGGCGCGCGAUGACCGGCUAUUUGGUCUGUGCCACAAUUGAGGCACUCUGGACCAAUUCACUUAAUUUUCACCAAGUCUCUCUCUCUUUCUCAUGAUGUGCAGAUAAAUGGAAUUAUUGUAUUACAAGUGACCAAAGCCCAUCCCAACGACUUCAUGGCGCGAGAGGAACAAUCGACCAAAUGUAAACGGCUUUUUGAUGAGUGUUUUGGGCUCCCAUUGCAAUUUCUCUGCGUUUGUUGUUUUGGGCGCGUAAAACACGUGAAAAGGCGAGCAAUUAAUUGAAAAUAUGUGUAUCUGUUACAGCGAAGGCAGCGCGAGGCGCGUCUCGCGGGCAACAGAGUGAGAGACAAACACGAAGUGAUUAGGUAAAAUGAGGGUGUCGAGUGAAAUUGCUAUUUUUCCCAAUGAUGAUCAUCUCGAUGAUCUCCAGUGCGUGCUCAAAAAUGGUUAAAAUGGUUAUAUUGUGACUCUGGGCGCGAUGUUUGCUACCUUUCCCAAACUGCCCGUGAAUUUCCAGGCGCCUCGCGUGGGCGCGCACUUCACUCACGAUCGCGCGCGCGCAUUCCACAGCCUAAUCAAAGGCAAAUGAUCUCUCUGCGCAGAGACAGAUUUCCAUACAAUAAAUCUCCCUCAGAUGCCCCGAGAUUCUUCACCAAUCUGGAGGAAAUCUUGACUCAACACGCGCCCAUAAAAAGCAAAAUAUAGAAAUAAUUGGCAUUCAACUUUCAAUUUUCGCCUCGUCUCAGCGGAUGGCCUCUCUUCGCACACCGCCGCGCUGACUUGUGAAGGAGGAACAACGGCGAGAUGGGUGGCUUUGGCAUGGAGAGGAAAAAAAGAGCAAUAAGUGUAAUUAAAUCAAUAAGCAACCGCAAUAAAGUGUAACGAAAUGCUGCACACCAAAUUAGUAGAAAGAAUAGUUAUAGAAAUUCAACCGAUUUCCAAUUACGCACUCCAUGGCGGCCAGAGUGGCGGGAAAAUGCGUUGGAGAAUGGCAACGAAUGGGAGGCGCAUCCUACACUCUUUCGCAACGCCAAAAGAGACUCAAAUAUUUAUUUGUGGUCCGAAUGGCAUAAACUAUUGUCACGACGCGAGCUGGAAGGUUCGCUCUGAUCGCCCAAAAACUACUCAUCGCCGAUAGGCAAUCAAUUAAAGUUAGUGAGCUGAAGAGAAUA